ACGUCACGGCUCACCUGUGGGUGGGUGUAGGAUUUGGGAUUAGCAGUAGCCGCAGGUAAUAGCCAAACAGUGGGGCGACUCUCGGCAACUCAAGUCACAGUUUUUCAGACAGAGGACGACGCGAAUGAGCCGAACUGUGUUGUCAAGUCGAGUAAGUCGAGUUUACGUUUUGCAAAAAGUUUGUUGAUCUGUGUUUGAAAAGUUACCUGGGAAUCUUUGGGCGAAGUCUGUCUCUGUUUGAAGCGAGAGCUCAAGUUUUCGGUGUGAGACUUCCGUGGUUUGCUUGCCGAACAAGUUACUUGGGAUAAAAGACAGCCACGACUUUCUCCUCUUAUGCGGUCCCAGGCUUUUUGAGCCAUGCCUGGCCACAGCACAGGGGCUCCCCAGACGUCCCGCCACCACAAACAUCACAACUCAGGUUCCAGAGGAGAAAAGUAUCGCCACUCUCGGACUAUAUCCAGAGAGAGCACUGCCAGCCAAGAGUCCUACAAGGACCCUCAUGGGGAGCAGCAUCUGCAUGAGCACCACACUGACCACUCCCGGUAUUCAGACCACAAGUACAGCCGCAGCAGAGGCCACCCGAGGAAUGGCACAAGCCGGGGCUCAGAGACUAUAGGAUUUAUACCGGGGUCAGCAGACAGCACACCUGCCAGCAGACAUGCCUGUGGCUCCUGUGCCUCUAUGGGCUGGAGCAGCUGUAAGGCUCUUAUCUGCUGUGUACUGACAUGUGGAUUUUAUGGCAGCAGAGAGCCCUGCCUGCCUGUUAAUGAGAGCUCCACAGACCACCCCCGUAAAGCAAGUAUUGAACCUCACCCUCCUAAUGGAAUGGCUGUCUCCAACCCCACUUGUGGCGUCCCUUUGGAGUCUAGGAAGUCUCCCAAAGUCUCAAAGUUGCCCACAAGUGACAGCUUCCGCUACCCGGAUGUGCGCAUCGCAGGUCAGAAUGUUCGCUAUCCAGCCCCUGCCCCCAAACGGACCCGCACACCCGGUAAGGGGGAAAGCCAGCGACCAAUCAGCAACACCAGUCUGAUAUCCCGUGAGGACUAUGACUUGGACGACCUGAGUGACACAGGUACAGACAUUGACUCUCUGAUCACCAAGAAGCUGCUGGAGCUUUAUGCCCUGCACCAAAUCGACCAGCUGGCCAAGUGCACCUCCGACUCCUCUUUCUCCCGCAAGACAAACGAAAUCAGCGAGCUUAUCUACAGCAUUGCCCAGGACUACAACCUGGAGGAGCAAGAGGCGGAGUGCAAGCUGGUGCAUGGGGUCAUCCGCAUCAGCACUAGGAAGGGGAAGAAGUACAAGAGCCCCCAUUCCACUGGACAACAGCGGCCUAAUGGUAGAAGUGAUGGGACUCUUCCGGACAGCGGCAAUGAGACCAUGACCAACACUUUCAUUAGCAGUGACUUUCCAGAGGUGAAAGUGUCGGAGCAGACACCAUCGGAUGAGCUUGCGAGGAAAAUGAGACACUACAGCGGGAGAACGUACUCCUCCAGUACUGCCACAGCCUACUCGGCCUACCAUCAUGACACCGAAACGGACUCUUCAGGCGCUCCUCUUCUUCUCUGAACACAAAAACAAAUGUGAUGUAGCCAGUUAGAUGGACAAUGUUGUCUAACAUUGUUUUUGUGUAGUUACUGACUGGAGCACCUUAAACAUAGCAUGUGUACUCCUCCUUUUAGUGGUCCGGUGACCGGUCAAUGUUUGUUAUUGGAGUGUCGGUUAAAUUCAUGGACCUGCUGUCUCUCCAGCACAUAACCCUCCAAUGAAACUUUUUUUUCACAUAGGGAAAAAACAGUGUACGCUUUUAUGUAUUUGCAUGCAGUGUUUAAAGAGACAUGACUACACUCCUCAGUGCAAUCUUCACAGUUAGGCCAGAGGACAGAGACUGAUACUGGAACAUAACCAGCCUCAUUCUUGACUGUGUGAUUGUUUAUGCAAGCCAUUGUGUAUGUAUUAUGUGUGUGUAGUGACUCCUGCCAUUUAGAGUUUUUUUUAAAAGCAUGUUUUGGCCUGAAAACAGCUUUGUUAAGCCAUGUUGUAUAUACUUUAAGGCAAUGUUACUUUACUGAAUGUCAAACUGCUUUUUUAUUCACAGGUGAGUCCUGUUUUUAACAAAAUAAAAAAAACCCUAUCCUUGUAA